UGUUUUUAUAUUGCUUUCCUGCAAUUUCUCUUCUUGGUCUUUUCCCUCAAAUCAACACAUUUUGUAUAUAUCUUUUGGAACAAGUAGACAUGUUGCUUUUUGGUGGUUCUGCUGCUGCUGGGUUUGUAUCUGCACUAUACAGCAUUUCCAGAAGCUUUGUGGUUCUGAUUGUUCUAUAUGCUUUCUGCUUCAGUGCAGUAAAGGAACCCUGGGAUGCACAACACAUUCCAGCACUGUUCUCUGCUUUCUGUGGUCUGCUAGUUGCGCUUUCUUAUCACCUCAGCAGACAAAGCAGUGACCCAUCUGUACUGAUGUCCCUUAUUCAGUGCAAAUAUGUCCCUCACUAUCUGCGUCAACGAUUUGAAGAUUCAUCAGCAGAUCCACUCCCAGAAAAGAUGAGAGAAUCAGUGAAAGAAAUCUUGAAAUCGGAUCUCAUUGUCUGCACAGCGGCUGCUGUUCUGUCAUUCGCUGUCAGUGCCAGUACGGUGUUUCUAUCAUUAAGGCCAUUUCUCAGCAUCGUCCUGUUUGCUUUAGCAUGGACUGUAGGAUUCGUAACACAUUACAUACUUCCUCAGCUUCGCAAGCAUCACCCCUGGCUGUGGAUCUCCCACCCCAUACUUAAAAGCAAAGAGCACCAGCAACGGGAAGUGAGAGAUGCCGCUCAUUUGAUGUGGUUUGAAAGGCUCUAUGUGUGGCUUCAGUGCUUUGAGAAAUACAUUUUGUAUCCAGCUAUAAUACUGAAUGCCCUCACCAUUGAUGCUUUCUCAAUUAGUAAAUACAAGAAGCUUGGUACACACUGUGACAUUAUCCUGAUAACAGUUGCUGGGAUGAAACUCCUCCGCUCCUCAUUCUGUAAUCCUAUUAAUCAAUUUGUUACUUUGAGCUUUACUGUAAUCUUCUUCCGCUUUGACUACAGAGACAUUUCAGAGAACUUCUUACUGGAUUUCUUCAUGAUGUCCAUUGUGUUUCAUAAGCUGUGGGACCUACUGCAGAAGUUGCAGUUCAUCAUGACAUACAUUGCACCGUGGCAGAUUGCCUGGGGGUCGUCGUUCCAUGUUUUUGCUCAGCUCUUUGCAAUACCUCACUCUGCUAUGCUUUUUUUUCAAACCCUGGCCACCUCAGUCUUUUCUACACCACUGAGUCCAUUUCUUGGCAGUGUCAUCUUUAUCGCAUCAUACGCAAGACCGGUCAAGUUCUGGGAGAAAAACUACAACACCAAAAGAUCGGACCAUUCCAACACCAGACUGGCAAUUCAGAUCGAAAAGGAUGGAGGAAAUGAUGACAAUAAUCUCAACUCUAUUUUUUAUGAGCAUCUGACAAGAUCUCUGCAGGAGUCUCUUUGUGGAGAUUUGAUUCUGGGCCGCUGGGGAAACUACAGCACAGGAGACUGUUUUAUUCUGGCAUCGGAUUAUUUAAAUGCCUUUGUGCACUUGAUUGAAAUUGGAAAUGGCCUUGUCACCUUUCAGCUCAGAGGGCUGGAAUUUCGAGGGACAUAUUGCCAGCAGAGAGAAGUGGAAGCUAUAACAGAAGGAGAUGAAGACAAUGAAGGCUGCUGCUGUUGUAAGCCGGGGCACUUGCCUCACUUGUUGUCAUGUAAUGCAGCCUUUAACCUCAGAUGGCUGACAUGGGAAAUAACACGAACCCAGUACAUCCUGGAAGGAUAUAGCAUCAUUGAUAACAACGCUGCGACAAUGCUGCAAGUGUUCGAUCUGCGGAGAAUACUUAUCAGAUACUAUAUAAAGAGCAUAAUAUACUUUACAGCAAGUUCUCCCAAAAUCCUUGACUGGAUAAAAGACGAAUCCAUCCAAAAGAUAUUGCAGCCUUAUGCAAAGUGGCAUUAUAUUGAACGUGACCUUGCGAUGUUUAACAUUAACAUAGAUGAAGAUUAUGUUCCUUGUCUCCAAGGAAUAACAAGAGCUAGUUUCUGCAGUGUUUAUCUGGACUGGAUUCAGUUCUGUGCAAGAAAAAGGGUGGAGCACCUGGACAGCGAUGAAGAUUCUCCUCUAGUGACACUUUCCUUUGCCUUGUGUAUACUGGGUCGAAGAGCUUUGGGAACUGCAGCUCACAAUAUGGCCAUCAGCUUGGACUCUUUUCUUUAUGGGCUCCAUGCACUGUUCAAAGGAGACUUUCGGAUAGCGGCAAAAGAUGAGUGGGUCUUUGCAGACAUGGAUCUAUUGCAUAAGGUUGUUGCCCCGGCAAUCCGAAUGUCUCUGAAGCUACACCAGGACCAGUUCACCUGCCCAGAUGAGUAUGAGGACCCAGCAGUUUUGUAUGAAGCAAUACAAUCUUUUGAAGAAAAGGUUGUGAUUUGUCAUGAAGGGGACCCAGCCUGGCGCAGUGCUGUGCUUUCCAACAGAGAGGAGCUGCUAACCCUGAGACAUGUGGUAGAUGAAGGAGCAGAUGAGUAUAAAGUUAUCAUGCUCCACAAAAGCUACUUGAGCUUCAAGGUUAUCAAGGUCAACAAGGAGUGCGUCAGAGGGCUUUGGGCUGGGCAGCAGCAGGAACUGAUAUUCUUACGCAAUCGCAACCCGGAGAGAGGAAGCAUUCAGAACAAUAAACAGGUCUUGAGGAACUUAAUUAACUCUUCAUGUGAUCAGCCACUGGGAUAUCCAAUGUAUGUUUCCCCUUUAACCACCUCGUACCUUGGGACACACAGCCAACUGAGGAACAUUUGGGGGGGACCUGUCAGUUUGGACAACAUUAAAAAGUGGUUCAAAUCCAAAUGGUUAAGAAUGCGGAAGGAUUGCCAUGCAACUCACCAUGAGAGAGGAAACGUUGAAGAGGUGGAUGGUGUAGGGGGUUCUUCGUCUAGCAGCAAUCGCACAGGCAAUUCAAGCCAAAGCAGUAGCUCACAGCCUACCAGAGAUGGAACACCUCAGCUGCAAGCUUCAUCUCAAGAGGUCCACCAGCGUGCAGGCAGAAGAAAACCCAGGAGUCAGUCCAUCCAGGCACACACUGCUUUAAACCAAAGGCCUCCUGCUUCCAGUCACUCUGGACCCAUUGUAGAAAACCGCCAGCCUUUCAUCCAGACAUCUACAUCUGCCCAUGAAAUUGCCCGAAGGCUUUCUAGUAGUCAGCUGUCACUCCACAACUCAGCAACAUCCGUGUUUUCCCAGCCCCCAGCUGUUCCUGUUGCAGGCCAGCUGACUGUGCAGGACAGAGCUGCAGCAAUGCUCAGGUCCAGUCUGGCCUCUUCCACCAGCUCAACUCUCAGCCUGCUGUUCGGCAAGAGAAGUUUUUCAAGUGCUUUGGUGAUUUCUGGGCUCUCAGCUGCAGAUGGGGGUAACACCAGUGACACCCAGUCGUCCAGCAGUAUGAAUAUUGCCAUGGGUCCAUCUGCUAGAGCAGCAAGUCAAACAACUCGGCAACUCACCGAAACUUGUGAAGCAACCGAUGCUACAGAACCCAGACCGAGGCGAGAGGCAGGUCCAGCCCAUGCCAUCUUCAUGAGUCAGAACCUGGAGUGCAGGAGGGCCAGCCAAGAAGAUAUGGCCCUGGAAGACACUGCUUCCCAGCAAAGCCUUUCUGAGGAGCAAUAAGGAGCAUUUCUAGCGCAAGGGCCAUGUGGUUCUUUGCAUUAAAGACAGAGUCAGGUCAGGGAGCUGCACAGGGGUUUAGGUUCUUUCAGAUGUAACAAGCAACCUCCAAAUGUUUAUUUUUCUAACUUCUACACAAGAACACUAAGGAGCAGAUGUUCUUCAGCUAAAGGCCGUGGCGUGGGUAGGGUUUGUAAGAUGUCCUAAAAAACACACAGUGCCACUUCAUCUCAGGUUCUUGUAAAUCCUAGAACAAUGACUACAACUUGUUCAACGUUCCUUCCCCUGGAAUGGCUGGAAUCACAGAUCAAUACAGUGGAAAAUAUUAACACAACUCAGUGAAAAGCACACAAGACAUCUCUUUCCUUCCAUAACUGAACAGCUGAUUGCAUGCAAACUAAUUGGCAUUUGAUAUAUAACAUAUAGGAAAAGGCAGCUUUGAACAGGGGCAGUGAAUAUGUAAGAGGAUAGUACAACAUAUACUGUAACUUAGAGCUACAUCUGAUUUUUGUUGAGUUUCUUUCCAACGGCAAAUCUCUUAUUUUUCUUUAACAUGUUGUGCAGGUGGUAAUUCUGAAUAGCAACAUAGCAUCACAGAUUGAUAUGCUGCAUAUUCAGCCAUACUGAAAUAUUGUGUGAACGAGCCAUGUACACAGAUUAACAGAAGUCAAACACGAGAAAAAGUAUCCAGUGCAUGGAAAGCCUUCAAAGCAUACGGUGCACCUUAUUUGCAAAGAAAGCAUCUUUGCAUAAACAGCUGCUCUUGUACAUUAUCUCGUGCUCCUGGUUGGUUUACAGCAGUGUCUCUCAAAUUUCAGGCAACAGCCCCCUUGGAAGUAGCAAAAGGGCCCAGGGGAAUCCUCCUCAAAGACAGGAAAGUGCAGUGCAGGCUGUAAUUAUUGUCUGGAAGUGUUUGGAUUAGGAAGGGAGCAGCUAAAUGCCUUUAAUUGCUGGACGCAGCUCAGUGUCCAUAUAACACCUGUAGCCAGUAAUUACAGACCAUCCUGCUUUCCCACCCCCAGAGAAACUGAGCUGCAGCCAACUUAAUAGUUGCAUGAAGACAGAUGAUGUAAAAAGGGAGGCCACGCUUUUGUGAAGUUUGACGAACACUGAUUUACAAGAAUGAGUGACUACUUUGGAAGCCUAAAGGCUACAACAAAUCCUGCCUCUAUGACAGCGUCUAAACACACAUGUGCCGUAUUCUCAUUAUUGUUUUAAUCAAAAACAUUGCAGCUAUCAGUGUCUUGCCAUUCAUCUUUACUGUAAGUAUCAUAGAUUGUUUCUAAUGCUCAACAGGGUGAUGUGCAGCCAGGCUGGCCUGUCCCAGUUAACAAGAAAGAUUUAACAAGAGCUGCUGUAGCUAAAGCCUCAUUACUCUUAGGCGAUACACAGUUGCAUUCUGAGCUUCCUACUGAGCCACACUUCAGAUUUAAGUAGUUGAACUAAGUAACACCUGCUGAAAAUAAAAUGAUCCAAGUA